AUGGACAACAACAUGGAGAUCGAUACCGCACGGUCGCCCGAGCCACACCACCUCUCCCCGACGAGCGACCCGGGCUCCAUACCGACUUUGGAUGGCUGGAUCGAGAGCUUGAUGACGUGCAAGCAACUAGCAGAGGAGGAUGUGCGGCGGCUGUGCGAUCGGGCCCGUGAGGUACUGCAGGAGGAAUCCAACGUUCAGCCAGUGAAAUGCCCUGUGACGGUUUGCGGUGACAUACACGGCCAGUUCCACGAUCUAAUGGAACUCUUCCGCAUCGGCGGUCCUAAUCCUGACACAAACUACCUUUUCAUGGGUGAUUAUGUUGACCGAGGAUACUAUUCGGUCGAGACCGUGACUCUUCUGGUCUGCCUGAAGAUUCGUUACCCUCAACGCAUUACCAUCCUCCGUGGCAACCACGAAUCCCGCCAGAUCACCCAGGUCUACGGCUUCUACGACGAGUGUCUGCGCAAAUACGGCAACGCCAAUGUCUGGAAAUACUUCACCGAUCUUUUCGACUACCUCCCCCUCACUGCUCUCAUUGAAAACCAGAUCUUCUGUCUCCACGGUGGGCUGAGCCCGUCGAUUGACACCCUGGACAACAUCCGAUCCCUGGACCGUAUUCAAGAAGUCCCGCACGAGGGACCCAUGUGUGAUUUGCUCUGGAGUGAUCCCGAUGACCGCUGCGGUUGGGGCAUUUCUCCCCGCGGUGCGGGGUACACAUUUGGACAGGAUAUUUCGGAGGCGUUCAACCACAAUAACGGCUUGACUCUGGUUGCGCGGGCACACCAACUGGUGAUGGAGGGUUACAACUGGUCCCAGGAUAGGAACGUGGUGACCAUCUUCUCAGCGCCCAAUUAUUGUUACCGUUGCGGCAACCAGGCCGCUAUUAUGGAGAUUGACGAGCAUUUGAAGUACACAUUUCUACAAUUUGACCCCUGCCCCCGAGCGGGCGAACCGAUGGUAUCGAGACGCACACCCGACUACUUCCUGUGA